AUGCAUCGAGAGAUGGUGGAUAGAGCGAAGCAUCCCCGGCCAAGAAAUCUCCCUCGAGAUUGCUGGGCUGAUCGAUCCCCACUCCAUGAAGCUGCGGCCCAGGGGCGCUUGCUGGCCCUUAAAACUUUAAUUGCACAAGGUGUCAACGUGAACCUCGUGACAAUUAACCGGGUCUCUUCGCUCCACGAGGCGUGCCUCGGAGGUCACGUAGCCUGCGCUAAAGCCUUAUUGGAAAACGGCGCGCACGUCAACGGAGUGACGGUUCACGGAGCCACGCCCCUCUUCAACGCGUGCCGCAGCGGCAGUGCUGCGUGCGUCAACGUGCUUCUGGAGUUUGGCGCCAAGGCCCAGCUGGAGGCGCACCUGGCUUCACCCAUCCACGAGGCAGUGAAGAGAGGUCACAGAGAGUGCAUGGAGAUUCUGCUGGCAAAUAACGUUAACAUUGACCAAGAAGUGCCCCACCUUGGAACUCCCCUGUAUGUGGCCUGCACCUACCAGAGGGUAGACUGUGUGAAGAAACUUCUAGAAUUAGGAGCCAGCGUGGACCGCGGCCAAAGUCUGGACACUCCACUCCAUGCCGCCGCGAGGCAGUCCAGCGUGGACAUCAUCCACCUGCUAGCGGACUAUGGCGCUCCGCUGAGGUGCAGAAAUGCUGAGGGGAAAAGUGCACUGGAGCUGGCAGCUCCGAGAAGUGGCGUGGAGCAGGCCCUCCUGCUCCGGGAAGGGCCGCCCGCUCUUUCCCAGCUCUGCCGCCUGUGUGUCCGGAAGUGCUUGGGUCGAGCAUGUCAUCAAACCAUCCAUGAACUCCAUCUGCCAGAGCUGCUGGAAAGAUUCCUGCUCUACCGGUAGUCCUGUGGGAAGAUACUGAGGCAUAAGCAGGCAGUGGCCUGCUGUGCCCAGGGUACCUAGUGUAGACACCAAAUGGCUAGAUUCUGAGUACCUUGAAAUGAGCAAAGUCAGUUAGCGUUGAUCCUUGAUGAACUAGAACACUGGAGGAGUGGAAACUCCUGCUUCAUGCUCUCAUUAACCACGGGGCAACCAGAAGCCUUUUUGUUUUUAGCUUUUGUUGUUAAAGAACUUUAAAAAUCUCUGCAGUGGAGUGAAAGUAAUCUGUGUUUGAAGAUUCAUGGUCUUUAAUUAUCUAAGGGUCAAUAUUCUGCGUAUCUUACAGACACGUGUAAAUCUGGGUAAGAUUAUGAUGAGUGUAUUUCAUGCUUUCAUGGUGUGUUCCUGAUUUAGUUCCUCCCUCCUUUGCCCUUUCUUUCUUUGCUUUCCUGAAUAAACUUCUGCUGUAAUU